AUGCAUGCUCUGGGAUGUCCACAAUUUGCCAAGAAGCUAGCUUCUAUAACGUGGCGUCAUUGGCAUCUACUGGGAAUAGACGAGAUCAAGAAUGGAGAUUUGACCAUUCCAGAGCAACCUGCAGCUUGGCGAGAGAAAACUCUUACCAUCUGUCGAGACAACUUACUUGAAAAUAUUGGAAUGGAAAUCUCUGCUGGACAAUACCGACUAAGAGGUGGAUGA